AUGAAUUCUUUUAAAGAAGAGGAUGAAAGCGCUUAGUCCAUUAUAAUUAAUAUUGAAUGCUGUUAAAAUUGUGGGCUUCAUUCGUGGUUUACUCACCAUUAAGAAGAAAAAUAUGAACUCUACUUUAACUAGAGUAUUUUAGUUUUGAUUGCCCAUGAUAAUAAUAUUAUCUUAUUAACAUUAUAUAAUUUAUAAGUGAAGUCACUAAUAGAGAAAGAAAUUGAAAAUGUCACUGUUGAAAAGAAUUUAAUCCCAAAUAACCUAAUUAAACUAGAGAACAGAUUCAACUAAGAGGACAUUAAUUCUUUUUUAGACAUCAUUCAAAAUAAACCAGUUUAAUAUCCAAGGAUAGGCUCUUUUGAAAUAACUAUUUUUAAUGUGACUAUCUUCUCAAAGAUUACUUGCUCAGCUUGGCCUCAUUAUGGGAGCAUAAUUUACACUCUAAAAAAUAUAAUUUAAGAGAAAAUUUAAAAUAAAGUUGUCAUCCAUUACUCUGUAUUGAAGAGUGAUGAUUAAGAUAAUUCAAAUUUAAGAGAUUCCUAACAGUUAAAUGUAAAAAUGAUAAGCUCAUAAUAAUAUUAAGGUAAGAAGUCAUCUCCUUCUUCUCCAAGAGCUCAUAAUGGAAUUAAGAUUCCUCCCAUUUAGCAUAGCUCAAGAUCUAAUUCUCCAAGAAUGAAAAAUUAUUUAUUGCCUUUAGAAUAUAGGAAUGAUGAAAUAUCUUAAUAGCCUUAAGUCAUCAAUUCUUCUUUUCAAAAAGAUAAAAGCUUAAAUCCAAUAAAGAAUCUACCUCCUAUUAUCUAAAAUCAUGAUAAAAAAGGCAUUAUAAAAGAUUAAAAGAGUUAUGUUGUUAAAACUAACUUCUACAAAUAGUCAAAUUAAGAUGAAAAAUUUAAAGCUUUAGCAAACCCAAGAUACUAAAAUGGUAGAGCAAAUUCUCCUUUGUUAAGAGAUCAUAAUAUAUACAUAAGAAAAACUAAUUUGCAAGGUGAAGAGCAAAAUAUUUUAAUCAAAUCGUAAAAUCUUACAAAUGAUGAUAGCAAGGAAGAAAACAGUGAAAUUUUUAAAAGCAUGCCUCCUAAUUUUGAAAGAAAAACUAGAGAUCCUUAGGUUUCAAGUCCAGUUAAAGUAAGGUUUAGCAAUAGAAAUGAAAAUGAAAAAAGUUAAGAAAGGGAUCAAUAAACAAAUAAUUCCUCAUUUUUAAAACCAAUAUAAAGAAAAUAGGAAUAAGAAAUAAAUUCAAAUUCGAAAAAUGGUGUGGGAUUAAUUUGUGAUAUGAAAAUUAAAACUGUAAAACUUCCUUAUAAAACAGUUUAUUCAAAUCUGAAACUUGCUAAUAACAAGAAUUAAAAUUCUUUAUCACCUAAAUAAAAUUCAAAUUUACAGCCUAAUUAAAAAAAUAGGUUAAUAUUGAAUAACACCAGUAAACCUACUGGAUAAAUUUAGAAUUAAAUAGAAACAUUAAACGAAACUGGAACAUAAUAAGAAGAGCAAUCUUAAGAGAAUUUACAGAAACUUCAAAAUUCAUAAAACUAUGAACUAUCCAAUGAUAAAUAAUAAAUAAAUUAAGAAAAUAUCUAAGAGGAGUAAAAAGGAGAUCUACAAUAAAAGCAAGCAAUUGAGAAUUCUCAUAAAAUUUAAAUACCUAAAGAAGCAUAAACAGGUUCAAAAGAUUUGAAAAAAGUAAAAAAAUCUAAUUAAGACUCACCUAUCAGUAUUAAUAAAUCAAACCUUAAUGAUACACACAAAAAAGUUUAUUCGCUAGAAAAAACUGAAAUAAUGUAUAAUGAACAUGAAAUGAAAAAACAAAAUUUAACAAUUCAACAUAACACAAAAAAGAAUACAAUAAACAACCUUUCUAAAAUUGAAUUUAUCAAAAGUGAUGUCAAUAGUUCUUGUUCAUUAUUUUCUAAUGUUGAAUAAAAAGAAGGUUUAUAAUAAAAUUUGUUAAUUAAUGAUGAUGAUUUUUCUCAAAAAGUAUAAAAGACUGAAAGAAAAGACUCAUAAUUCAGUAAAGAAUAAAUGAAUACAGACUAUAAAAAUGACACAGGUGUAAACUUUGGUUAAUAGGAGGAAAAUUGUUAACAUAGUGCUCAUGAAGUUGAUUAAAAAAAUAAAGAUGAAAUUAGUAAGCAAAAUAAAUUAGAAGACAUUAAAGAAAAAAUAGAUUAAUAAAAUACUUUAAAAGAAAAAGAAGAAAAUGAAAUAAAAAACAAAUAAGAGUUAAAUUAACAAAGUUAAAAUGAGAAUUUGAGUGAUUAAGAAAUAGUUUAAAUUUAUUAAAAUUAAAUAAAUCUAAAGAAUGCAAAAGGAGAUAAAUAAUUGGAAGAGGCUAUGAAUACAUAAGAAAAUAUUUUUUAAAAAUAAAUAGAAAAUGGAACCAAUAUUUAAGAAUAAAACACUUUAAUUAACGACUAACAAUUUAAUCAAAAAAAUCAAAAUGGAGAUAAAAGCUAAGAUGAAUAAAUUUAAGAAACUUAAAGUGAAAAAUAAAAUAAAAGUAUAUAAGAAACAUAAUAAAUGCAUGAAGAUUAAUCGAAAUAAGACUAAGAAUGUUAAUAGAAUAAUAAAGUUGAAGAAUAAUCAUAAUUAGAUGAUUUUGAAGAAUAAGAUGCUGGAGAUUAAGAAUAAAAAGAGAAAAAUGAUGGUAGUGUGCUAUCAGAAAAGAAUAAAACAAAUGAAAAUGAAGAUGACUAUGAUGAAGAGCAAUUACAUGAAAACAAACAAGAAUAACUAGAUAAAUAUGAAGAAGAUGAAUAUGAAGAAGAUGAGGAAUAAGAAGAAUUUAUGGAAAGCAAUUAAAAUAUUUAAAAAAUAAAAGAAAUAGUGUUUAAAUACUUAUUUAAAUUAGAAUAAAAAGCAAUUAACUACAUAAUUUAACUACAAGAAUAGUAAACUUAAGAGAGCUAGCAAGAAAACUAUUAAUCGAAUAUUUCUAAGCUAAAAGAAAAUCAUUAACACUUUAAAUAAAACACUUUACAAUUAGAAAAUGACAUUGAUUAAACUACAUAAAUAAUUAAAAAAUCUACUUUUAAAUAAGAUUGA